AUGCAUUUGAACUGGGGUCGCAGAACUGAGGCAGAAAAAAAAAGCGCACCGUCACCAUCUUCGCCUCAGUCACAACAUUUUUGCCUGUCACAAUCGCUUCAGACAUUCGCGGUGACGCAUUUCCGCUUCCGGUGCAGUUUCUCCAGCUUGGAGAAGAUGGCGGCUCCAGGGCAAGAAGCCGAGGUGCCAGGGAUAGACAGCGAAUUGCUGGCCUGCUGUGCCGGGGAGGUGGCCUUGCAAUGGCUCCAAGCAACCGAUCUACCCAAAGAAGUUUAUCAGCAUCUUGCCUACUAUGUACCCAAAAUUUACUGUCAAGGCUCCAACCCCACUCCAGAUAAUGAGGACAUGGUGGUCCAGCACGUUCUCUUGGGCCCCAUGGAGUGGUAUCUAUGUGGCGAAGACCCGGCUAUUGGAUUUCCAAAGCUUAAGCAAGCCAACAAGCCAUCUCAGCUGUGUGGCCGGGUGUUUAAAGUGGGAGAGCCAACAUAUUCAUGCAGGGACUGUGCAGUUGACCCAACAUGUGUAUUAUGCAUGGACUGUUUCUUAGGAAGUACUCAUCGAGAGCACCGCUAUCGAAUGACAACAUCAGGGGGUGGAGGAUUCUGUGAUUGUGGAGAUGCUGAAGCUUGGAAAGGGGGACCGUUCUGCCAGAAACAUGCACUUAACAUUUCUGAAAGUGAAACAGUGGACCCACUAAUUCAUUUGUCAGAAGAUAUGAUAGCACGAGCGUACAAUAUGUUUGCCAUCAUGUUUCGCUACGCAGUUGAUAUUCUGACUUGGGAGAAGGAGAAUGAGCUGCCUGCUGGACUGGAGUGUGUGAAAAAGGAUGAUACCUAUUAUUGCAUGCUUUUUAAUGAUGAAGUACACACAUACGAGCAGGUUAUAUACACGCUUCAGAAAGCUGUUAGCUGCAGCCAGAAGGAAGCCAUCAGUUUUGCAACGACGGUGGACAGGGAUGGGCGGAGAUCAGUUCGAUAUGGGGACUUUCAGUCUUGUGAGCAAGCAAAGUCGGUCAUAGUGAGGAACACCAGUCGACAAACAAAACCUCUCAAAGUGCAGGUCAUGCAUUCCGCUAUUGUUGCACAUCAGACAUUUGGGUUAAAACUCAUCAGCUGGCUCGGUCAAGUUAUUGGGUCUUCAGGUGGACUUCGGCGGAUUCUCUGCCAGGUUGGUUUACAGGAAGGUCCAGAGGGGGAAAACUCUUCGCUUGUAGACAGACUAAUGUUGUGUGACUCUAAACUCUGGAAAGGUGCUAGAAACUGCUAUCACCAACUUUUUAUGAGCAGUCUACUUAUGGAUUUAAAGUAUAAGAAGCUUUUUUCCAUCCGGUUUGCAAAAAAUUACCAGCAGUUGCAGAGAGAUUUUAUGGAGGAUGAUCACGAGCGAGCAGUAUCCGUGGCUGCUCUGUCUGUUCAGCUCUUCACUGUACCCACUCUGAACUAUGAGCGAUUGCAGAAUGAUUAUGUGAAAGACGACCACGACAGGGAAUUCUCUAUCACUGACCUUUCGGUACAGAUAUUCACAGUGCCUUCACUUGCUCGGAUGCUGAUCACGGAGGAGAAUAUGAUGACAACUAUAAUAAAGACAUUUAUGGACCACUUGAGAACACGGGAUAUUCAGGGCAGAUUUCAAUUUGAACGAUAUACAGCUCUGCAAGCUUUCAAGUUUAGGAGAGUCCAGAGCCUAAUUUUGGAUCUGAAGUAUGUGCUGAUAAGCAAGCCAUUGGAGUGGACAGAUGCCCUGCGCUGUAAAUUCCUAGAGGGGUUUGACGUCUUCCUUGAAUUGCUAAAAUGCAUGCAGGGAAUGGACCCAAUAACCCGCCAGGUUGGCCAGCAUAUUGAGAUGGAGCCUGAGUGGGAAGCAGCUUUCACUUUGCAGAUGAAACUAACACACAUCAUUUCAAUGAUUCAAGACUGGUGUUCCUGUGAUGAACAUGUCCUCAUUGAAGCGUACAAGAAGUGCCUUAUUGUCUUGAUGCAUUGCCAUAGUGGUUUUACUGAUGGGGAGCAACCAAUUACUCUUAAUAUAUCCGGCCAUUCAGUAGAGACUAUACGAUACUGUAUUUCUCAGGAGAAAGUUAGCAUUCACCUGCCUGUUUCACGCUUGCUUGCAGGGCUACAUGCCUUGCUGAGUAAAAGUGAAGUAGCAUACAAGUUUCCCGAGCAGCUUCCCUUUAGUGAACUGAGCCCACCAAUGCUUAUUGAGCAUCCUCUCCGCAGUUUGGUGCUAUGUGCACAAGUUCAUGCCGGGAUGUGGAGAAGGAAUGGCUUUUCAUUAGUAAAUCAGAUUUAUUAUUAUCAUAAUGUAAAAUGCAGAAAAGAGAUGUUUGACAAAGAUAUCGUGAUGCUUCAGGCUGGAGCAUCUAUGAUGGACCCAAACCACUUUCUAAUGAUCGUGUUGAGCCGUUUCGAACUGUAUCAGAUUUUCAGCACUCCAGAUUACGGCAAGAGAUUCCGGAAAGAAAGCACGAAUAAGGAUAUAAUACAACAAAAUAACACACUCAUUGAAGAAAUGCUACACCUAAUUAUCAUGAUUGUUGGCGAAAGAUUUUGUCCUGGAGUGGGUCAAGUAAGUGCAACAGAUGUGAUAAAACGGGAAAUUAUCCAUCAGUUGAGCAUCAAACCAAUGGCCCACAGCGAGCUGGUCAAGGCUUUGCCAGAGGAUGAGAAUAAGGAAACAGGGAUGGAGACUGUGAUUGAAACUAUAGCUUCAUUCAAGAAACCAGGCUUAACAGGACGAGGACUGUAUGAAUUGAAGCCUGAAUGUACCAAGGAUUUCAACCUGUUUUACUUUCAUUUCUCAAGGGCCGAACAGUCCAAGGCAGAGGAAGCACAGCGCAAACUGAAGAGGCAGAUUGGUGAAGAUACAGCUCUGCCUCCACCAGUGCUGCCUCCAUUCUGUCCGCUUUUUGCUAGUUUGAUAAACAUUCUUCAAUCAGACGUCAUGCUGUGCAUCAUGGGAACUGUAUUACAGUGGGCGGUAGAGCCAAAUGGAUACGCCUGGUCAGAAUCCAUGCUUCAAAGGGUUUUGCAUCUAAUUGGAAUGGCAUUACAAGAAGAGCAUCAGCACUUGCAGAAUAUCAGCGAGGACAACAUUGUCACCUUUAAUUUCACUGAAAAAAUCUCAAGGCCUGGGGAAGCACCAAAUACAUCACCAAGCAUCUUGGCUAUGUUGGAAACCUUGCAAAACGCAGCACACUUGGAAGUGCAUAAGGAUAUGAUACGCUGGAUAUUAAAGAUGUUCAGUAACAUUAGAAAAAUCAGAGAGAAUCCAUCUACAAGCCCUGUCCUUGAAACAGAAGGAAGUGUUUUGGAAGAGAAUACACGUGAUAAAGACAAAGCAGAGAGGAAAAGAAAAGCUGAGAUUGCCAGGCUCCGUAGAGAAAAGAUUAUGGCCCAGAUGUCAGAAAUGCAGCGACAUUUCAUUGAUGAAAAUAGAGAACUUUUCCAGCAGACAACGGAUGAAUUGAAUGCAUCAACCUCCACUGCAUACGAUCACAGCUGUCAUGCAAUGAUGGACAGCAAACGUGUGGCUUUGGGUCCUCACCAAACCCGAGUCGGUGAACCGAGGCAGCUUGUUACUUGUAUCCUGUGUCAAGAAGAACAAGCUUUUACAGUGGACAACAAAGCCAUGGUACUUGCAGCUUUUAUUCAGAGAUCGACGGUAUUCUCUAAGAACAGGAGUAGAGUCAUUGCAGACCCAGAAAAACAUGAUCCGCUGUGCAUGCACCCAGACUUGGCAUGUGGCACCCACACAGGAAGCUGCGGACAUAUAAUGCACGCUCACUGCUGGCAGAGGUACUUUGAUGCGGUGCAAGCCAAGGAACAGAGAAGGCAGCAGCGCUUACGGGUACAUACAAGCUAUGAUGUGGAAAAUGGUGAAUUUCUCUGCCCCCUCUGUGAGUGUUUAAGUAACACAGUCAUCCCCAUGCUUCCACCACCAAGAAGUCUAUACCACAGGUUGGAUUUCUCCGAUCAGCCUAAUUUAGCAGAAUGGGUUAGCACAACAUCUCAGCAACUCAAAGCAUUGCAUGCACUGCGUGCAGAGAAAAGCAACUCAGCUGGCUCAGAUUCUGAGAUGCCUGCACAAGUGGAUAUUCCUGAAGGAUUCCGGCCUGAUUUCCAACCGAAAAAUCCGUACUCAGACAACAUCAGGGAGAUGCUGACGACAUUCGCAACAGCAACAUAUAAAGUUGGGCUGAAAGUACAUCCUAACGAGCAGGACCCACGAGUCCCAAUUAUGUGCUGGGGAAGCUGCGCAUACACAAUACAGACUAUUGAACGCAUUUUGGCAGAUGAAGAUAGGCCGUUAUUUGGGAACUUGCCAUGCAGACAGGAUGACUGCCUGAAAUCACUGACCAGAUUUUCUGCAGCACAUUGGACGGUGUUCCCUCUGCCUGUGAUGGAAGAACACUUAGGUCGUCUGUUUGAAACAAUUGUGCCCAAUGAGGACACAGAGAAUUCCCCGUGCAUACUUGAUAUCGAUAUGUUUCAUUUGCUGGUCAGCUUGGUGGUCUCAUUCCCAGCUUUACAGUGUCAGGACUUUUCAGGGAACAGCCUUGGUACGGGAGACCUCCAUCUUUUCCAUCUGGUAACCAUGGCACACAUCGUGCAGAUAGUGCUCUCCUCCUCCACAGAAGAAAAUGGCAUGGACCAAGAAUCCGCUGAUGGAGAAGAAGAAGAGGCAGUGAUGUCUUUGUAUAGGACCAUAUGUCAGUGCAGUGGAAGCACAAUGAAAGAAUUGUCCUCUGGCUGGCAUUUAUGCAGAACAAUCAAAGCUUCAAUCCUGCCGUACCUGAGGUGCGCUGCACUGUUUUUCCAUUAUUUAAAUGGUGUCCCAGCACCCUCAGAGUUCCUCGUGAGUGGAAUCGGCCAGUUUGAUUGUCUCUGUAGUUACCUUUGUUUGCCGACCAACUUGGUCUGCCUCUUUCAUGAAAAUUCUAAAGUGAUGGAGACAUUAAUAAAUAGCUGGUGUAAACAUGCAGAGGUGAAAAGGUUUCUGAAUGGGGAACGGACUGCUGUCAACUAUCCAAGGGAAUCAAACAAGCUUAUAGAUCUCCCAGAGGAUUACAGCAGCCUGAUCAACCAAGCAUCUAAUUUCACGUGCCCUAAAUCCGGUGGAGACAAAAGCAGGGCUCCUACACUAUGUCUGGUGUGUGGAACCAUGUUGUGCUCCCAGAGUUACUGCUGUCAGACAGAACUAGAUGGGGACGAUGUGGGGGCCUGCACUGCCCAUACCUACACAUGUGGAUCUGGCAUGGGCAUUUUCCUCCGAGUCCGAGAGUGUCAAGUUCUCUUUUUGGCUGGAAAAACAAAGGGCUGUUUCUAUGCUCCUCCUUACUUAGACGACUACGGAGAGACUGAUCAAGGCCUCCGACGCGGGAAUCCCCUGCACCUCUGCAAGGAGCGUUAUAAAAAGAUCCAGAAGCUGUGGCAGCAGCACAGUAUUACCGAGGAAAUUGGCCACGCCCAAGAAGCAAAUCAGACACUAACUGGCAUUGAAUGGCAGCAUUUAUAAUUUCGGCUUUAUUUUUUUUAUUUUUUAGCAGUCCAUUUUUCUAACGCAACAGCAGCAAAAAAACAAAAAACAAACAAACUGUGACCGCAAAACAGAUGCAGAUAUUUUAAUUUAUCUUUCACUAGUUUAUCCAAUAAAAGCAGAGUUUUUCUUAGCAACACCUUAAACGUCAUCCGGUAAAGUACACGCUUAACUAUAUACUUCUACUGCACUUCCUAUACAAAGCGUAAUGUAGGUAAGGCUUUACUGAAUAGAUAGCAUGCCGUGUGAAUUCAGCCUAACCGAUUCGUUUAAACUGAAGAGGGCAGCACUCUCAUUCAGUUGCUAAAACAGGGCAAUUCUUUAAUUAUAGGCUAGUUUUAUCUUCAAAGCGCUUGUGUGGCAAAAGGCUUUAAAAUGUAAACUACUACACCCAGUUUACACAUGCGCAGACAUAUAAGCUACUGAUUCUGGCACUCUUAACCCUUUGUGACAGCCUGUGCACCUUCCUAAUAACCUCCAGCCUCCCCAUUCAUUCUUUAGUCUUAAUUCGGGCAGAUAUUCUGUCCUGUGCAGACUAGAACAACAUUUUGCAGUGAAUGAGGCUUAGGGGUCUGCUUGUGCACCCCCUUGUGAGAUUAAUUGUUUGGAAAACUGUCCGACAAGCUGAUCUGCCUAUUGGAAGCUUUACAUGUGAUGGAGCUAAGAUUUCAUUCCAUCCGUGGCCAAAGUUGCAUCUCUUCUGAUCUGAUUCUUACAUUAUGUGCUAUUAUUAUCGUGCAGUCUGGCUGUGAAAUAAAGGGGCUUCUUUUGACAUCCACUUUCCAGUUAAAGUGCCCAGAAUCACUUGCCAUUCAUGUUAAUGGUGGUGCACUUGCAAGUCAGGCCAUGGUCACUUCAAAAACACUAACUGCCACAUUUUGAAGCAACAGUAAAAGCACUAGCGUUAGGGUUGCACACCAAAAAAUAGUCAUAGGAACGGGUGCUCACUGCAUUUUGAAACAGGAAGGCGCUGAGUAUUAGUGGUGAGCGGGGCGACAAAAAGUCUAUGGGGGGAAUUCACAAAAGUGUCAGGAACUAACAAAUGUCAUGGUAACAGCGGACAAAUUCACAGAACAUUUACCCGCCAAUUUUCCGCCGCGCUCAACACUUUUGAAAUAGUGUCGUUAAAAGUAGGCGUGCUUUUUUUCCGCCGCCACUUUUCCCGACAUUUUUAUGAAUUGCUCGUAAACUCGUUUGUUUUGCUGACAAUUUUUCCGACACAUUAGGCUCUCCAAAAUGAAAACGUCAAAUUGUCUUUUGAAAACGCUCGGUAAAAUGUCGUCUGUCUGACGAAAAGAUAUACGGACUUACGAGACAUUCAAAGACGGUAACAUCUGCCUUUGUGAAUUUGCUGUUUGUGCGACAUUUUACUAAUUCGUCGACUGUCACUUCUGGGUUACUUAUUUUACCGACACGUUUGUGAUUUCCCCCCUAUGACUAUCCCUAGCCUGCCCCCCACCCAACCUAACCAGUGCUCCAUUAUUACUUUAUACCUGAGCCCUCUCAGAUAUCAUGUUAGGGGAUAGGGCAGGCACAAGUAUAUAAAUAAGUGAUGGCUGAUGGAAGGAGAAGGUGCUGAUAUUGUGGGUAGAGACGGCUGUGGAUAGAGUUUGGACCACAACCCACCAAAAAGUGUUGAAGGGAUCCAAACCUGUCCAACCAUGGAUCCUGCAUGUUUAGACUGAGCAACAUGGGGAUCAAUUGUGCACAUGUUUAAUGGCUGCCAGUGUUGCUACUAAACAUAAAGGAGACACAAUGUCCAUUAUUACUGCAUGUAAUUCCCUUCAAAGACAACUUGUUUCAGUUAGCAGAGAAGGUUCUCUUAUCUAUAGAGAAAAUAAAAUUUUCAUUCAAUAUCAUCUGUUAUACCCAGCAAGGACCCCCCUGUAUCCACGAUGCUUGGCGCUGGAGGGGUCGGCACUGUCAAUCUGUUUCCCAGCACCGUGGCCAUAUAUUGAUUUUUUGUUUAUAUCUGCCUGUUCUUGUGGUUGGUCGGCUUCAUGUCUUGAAAUGUUUAGAGCUGUAGUAUGGACUGCGAACAUUAGGUUUUCUUCUUCUUUUCCAGAUAAGAUAAUAAGGGCUUCCAUAAGCAAAGAAUAAAAAAAACCUGUAGGAAGGAAGUCGAUGCUUCGUGAUGUAUUUCCCAAUGGUCGGCUUCACUGUCCCCGUACAGAACUGAGGUCAAGUCAGUGACUUCAAUACCAGCUGUCAGGCAGUGAGAAAAGCGAAAGUUUUGAACUUAGGGGUAUAUCUUUUAUUUCUUUCUUUUGCACAAUAUUAAAGUAUGGGUGCGUGUGGUUUAUUCAAAGAGUAAGUAGUAGGCAUUUGGCUUUUUGGGAAGGGAAUUUUGACUUGAGCCAGGUGACUAUUAUCACUUACCCACAUGGGAAAAUCGUUGUAGGCCUCCACGCCCCACUAAACCUUCAGGCAGAUGAUUCACAUUGAAAAUCUGCUAAAAAAACAGGAUUCCCGCCAGGCCCUGUGCUCCGGUGGGCUCCCAGCAAGCAACAGUUUUUUUCUGUCUUUAUUGUUAUGCCUGAAUUCUAUAUUCUUUCCCUUUGUGCUGCUGAGUGUUCCCAUGUAGGGACGUGAUUCCCCUUACUCCAGUUGUACAAAGGAGGCUUUCCCUGAAACAGGAUCAUUAUGCCGCUGGCUACUGGGUAGUCGUAACGAUACAAACAGGGUCACUUUUCAAUCAUCGCAUCGUCAUCCCUAAAUCCACCUGCCCCCCGUUUCUAUUAAUCUUUGUUGAACCAUUUCCCUUUUCUAUUCAUUGAACGUGAUUACCUCUAAUUUGGAAUCAUUGACAUUGUAGUCAUGUCGUAGUGAAAGUAUCGAAUGAGUCUUCUGCAUUUUAGACGUACAGUGCUGUGAUCUCGUAAACGGAUUUACUUGGCAGAAUCUUCCUUUGUACAUGGAUUUAUAGGAAUCAAUCACCGGUCGUGCCCUGAAGGCAUUGCUCCCAGAAGCGAAAGGGUCAGCCCCACCCCUUUGACUCCUCCCGAUCUCUUGUUCAUUUAUUCCAUGUAAUAUUUCUUAGCAUGUAUUUAUGUUUAUUGUAGAAAUGUUUAUGUACAAAUAUUAUUUGGAAAACAAAAAGGGUUUUACUCCAUCUUUAAUAUACAUGAAAUUCUUGUAAUAUUUGAAUGUAACAUAUGUAUAAAAAUACACAACUUAUCAAUAAAUGCUUUAGCCGUC